AUGUCCUACUCACAGAGUAGCACAGGAUCAGCAAACGGUUUAGCAUACAAUAUUCUUCACAAUUCACAAUCCCUCUCGUCCACCCCUCGCGCGACUCCGCCGCCGCCGAAAGCUCCGCAAAUGUCCUCGUUCGGUGUCUCCAACGGCGCCUCUCGUGGCAGCUUCAACGGGAACUAUGAUGGUGGAAAUGAUUAUGGGUCUAUGAUGCCCUACCAGGAGGAAUUCAAGCCACAGAUCUACCGAGCGGUAUACUCUAAUGUCUCCGUUUAUGAGAUGGAGGUCAAUGGAGUCGCUGUCAUGAAACGUCGGUCCGAUUCCUGGUUGAAUGCGACCCAAAUCCUGAAAGUGGCUGGCGUCGUCAAGGCUCGACGCACGAAGACUUUGGAGAAGGAAAUCGCUGCUGGAGAGCAUGAGAAGGUUCAAGGUGGUUAUGGAAAGUACCAAGGUACCUGGGUCAACUACCAGCGAGGCGUUGAUCUGUGCCGAGAGUAUCAUGUCGAGGAACUGCUGCGACCAUUGCUGGAGUACGAUAUGAGCCCCGAUGGCUCGGGCGGUCCUUCCCAGAGCACCCUUGAUACCCCUACGAAAGAACAAGCCAUGGCAGCGCAGCGCAAGCGUAUGUACAGUGGUGCAGAGAAUCGGAGCAUGCCUCAACCCCAGCAAGGAACUUUCUUCCAGAAUAUUUCCCGCACCGCGGCGACUGCAGUCAAUGCCAUCAGCAAGGCCCGCUUCGACUCUCCAAGUGGGAACAGCCGACGACCAAGUGUCAUUCGCAAGCCAUCGCAUCAGAUGAGCAGUCAAGAAUCCAUGGCCUUCAGCAGCCAGCAAAGCAUGUACAACAUGUCCGACAGUGGAUUCAGCAGUCUACAGAAUCGCUUCCAGCCACAUGACGACCGCGAGGAAUUUGUGGAACCCCCACGCAAGCGUGUUCGCUCUUCAUCACAUAUCGGCCCACAGAUUGGGUUGCACAGAGAGCCAUCCAAUCUCUCCAUGCAUGAACCCACCCCCACUGAGCCUAACGAAUCAUUCUAUCAAGAUCUCGACCUUCCGCCGCCGCCAAUGGAUGAUGGACACAAACGUGGUGCCGAGGCCAUUCCCCCUGCUUCAGAUCCCGAGGGUUUCCAAAAGCAGAAACUGAUCAUGACUUUGUUCCUUGACAAACGAAUCAAGGACUUUUCCAACCACCCAGCCCUCAUGCAAUUGACUGGAGAAGACCUUGAGAUUCCUCUUGACGAAUACCGAAACAAUGCCCUCCAUUGGGCUGCCAUGCUGGCACGUAUGCCACUGGUUCAUGCUCUCGUCGCAAAAGGUGCGAGUGUCGCGCGAGUCAACGCCGCCGGCGAGACUGCUCUGCAAAAGGCGGUAGGAACCCGGAACAAUCUUGACUACCGAAGCUUUCCCCGUUUGCUUCAAGUGCUUGCGCCCACAAUCGAUAUGGUCGAUUACAGUGGUCGAACUAUUCUCCACCACAUUGCUGUCAUGGCAGCCACUGGUGGAGGCGGACAUGUCUCCGCAAAGCACUACCUUGAAUCCCUGUUGGAAUUCAUUGUCCGGCAUGGUGGAAUUACUUCCACCGCUAAUGGCGAUCACUCACAGAAUGGAUCACAGGGCAGCGAGGUCAUCUCUCUGGGCCGAUUCAUUUCAGAGAUCGUAAAUCUACGUGAUGAGCAAGGUGAUACUGCUCUGAACCUUGCUGGGCGUGCACGAUCAGUGCUUGUUCCUCAAUUACUGGAAGUGGGCGCAGAUCCUCAUAUUCCGAACCACACCGGGCUUCGACCUGCUGAUUACGGUGUCGGCGUUGACAUGGUGGAUGGAAAUGGUCAAUCGCAGCAAGCCGGUGGUCGAAAUGAUACAUUCAUUGAUCAGCUUGCAAAGUCCAAGAAGGAGAUUCUCGAUGCUGCGUUGUCCCAAAUCAAUGCAAUGGUCGAAGAAGCUCUUGGUGGUAUUGACCGAGACCUAGCGUCCAGCAUCACUCAAAAACAAGAAAAGUUUGAUCACUGGCACUCCAAAAUCCGCGAGGCGGCCAAGGCACGCCAGAUCGAGCAGAAGCAGUUGGAUGUGUUGAAGCAGAAAGGUUCAGAGCGAGUUGAGAUUGACCGACGUAUUAAGAACCUAGAGCGGUCUUCCGAGGGCUUGUUGGGCACAUUGAAGAGUACGCCGGGAAUUGACUUUGCUCGGAUUGCCGUUAUUGGUGAUGCCGACAAGAGCUCCGGAGUGGAUCCUGCCACGUUUGAUGUCUUAUUCGGGGAGACAUUUGACCCGUCUGCUGGGUUCUCGGCCCAACAAGUUGCUUUCUUGGCUACUCUUCCUUCACCGGAUGGGCUUAAGCGUCGCACUCGAUGCUAUCAAGAGCUGAAUGUUGGCCUCACAGCCGAGGUUGACGCUCUCAAGGCCAAGAAUGCAGUUCUUGGGCAAAAUUACCGUCGCAUGGUGAUGGCAUGCACGGGUUGGUCAGCCGAACAAGUGGAUGAGGCGGCCGAAGGUCUGACACAGUGUGUCAAGGAGCUGAAUGACAAUCCUGUUCCUGAAGACGAGGCUAUUGAGAUUCUCAUGCGGGAUCGUGGACAGGACUGGUAGUUCUCUUAAUUGUUAUGAUUAUUGUUUGAGCGUUCGGACGGCUUUGUGGGAUGGCGUUGUUUGUUGCAUUGUUAUCAUAUGAUUCGAAUACCCGGGUGGCCUACCUCAAUGUCAAUUUCGCAUGUUUAGUAUCUACUGUCUUAAUACAUCAUGCACUCUUGUACAACUUUGCUUUUAGUUUAUCUUUGGGUAGCGUGGGGG